AUAACAGCGAAUAUGCCGUUGGGGCAGAGUUCAAGGCGACACUUCGAGCAAGCAAGCAAGCAAAGUCGGGGGUGGACGUCAACUUUAGCUUCGCCGAGAUGCGCGCCGACGGCAGCUCUGCCGAGCGAGGAGAGAAUCAGAUGGAAGACACUGACUGCCAAGACGUCAAUUCAAGGAUAUGGUUGAGCGGAUCACAGACAAGAACAAGCCGUCGGAACCAGCUGGCCGGAGCCGUACACAGUACGCCAUACUACAUAGCUGGUGCUGGCGGCUGUCGUACCGGAGUUCGGACCGAAGCCAUCUGAAAAGUGGCAGCGAGAUUGGCAGGAUCAAGCACCCGGUUUGGACGGUGGGGUUCGCCGCCCUUCCAAUUUCGUCCAAAU